AUGCCACCAGCACUCCUCCCAACACAGAAGGUGUCGCUUCACGACCUAAUUGACCAGGCGAGGACACGCAGCCAGGAACCAGGCUACAAUGCCGAGCAUGGCGUGCUCGACCUUGGCUGGGAAGACUUCCACGGCCAUGUCGACCGCUUCCUCAAGGCCAUUGACGAAUACACCUUGCGCGCAAAGAAGGAGAUUGCCGCCCGUGCGUCCGACCACACGGCCUCGGUCCGCGAGUUGGCGGCCAAAAAGGACGAGACGGAACGCCAGAUCCAGCUCGAGCAGCAGCGCGAGCGUGACAUGCUUAUGACCAUUGAGGUCGAACGGCGCACGAUGACGGACAUUACAUCGUCUCUCUCGCGCCUGAACGCCGCUCUCGGACGCGUGAGGGACCAAGGCGCCGCGCUCGACAGUGACAUUUCGGGCGUUCGUAAAGAGUCGCGUGCUGAGCGCGCGACAAAGGACCGCCAGGCCAAGGUCCUCGCCGAGAUGCGUGCCCAAGACGAGCGUCAGCUCCAAGUCAUCGAGGACGCGCUAGGUUUGACCAUUACUGGUGUUGGAGCCAACCGCCUGUUACUCAUGUUCACCCUCAUCGACCCGGCCGCGCCCAUGCGCGAGUUUAGCUUUGUCAUUGACGUCUCGGGACAGGACUACAGCGUGCCGCAGUGCGACCCGCCCGUCGCCUCCAUGCCCGACCUCGUCGCGCAGCUCAACGCCGACCGCGACCUGCACACGUUCAUUAAGCGAGUACGCAAGGCGUUUGUGGCCCUUGUUGGCCCCCCACCGGGCAAGUUUGACGACCUCUCUGGACCCUCCAGCCGAACACCACCUAUUCCCGCAGCUGAAUCCUCCACCCCGCCGUCCGCCGCCUCUCGUGCACCAGAGGCCACCCUCAUCGACAUUUAG